AUGGCCACUUUUCUGGCUGAUGCUCCCGUGGCGCUGAAGCGAGGGCGCCUCGGUCAGGUGCUCCGGGCAAACGGCCCAGAACGUCUACGUCGUGAGCUUCCACGAUCAGGUGGUGUGAGCCCCCUUCCACUAGCUGCCGCCAGUGGCGGAGCC